CUGACUGAAUAUCAGCCCCCCCAAAGACAUUUUAGGCUGCAACAAUCCCAGAAUCCCCCGGGAUGUGAUGCAUUUUGAGAUGUUUUUAGACUUUUUUUGCAAUUAAAUUGCAGGAGAGAGUUAAAAAAUUACAACUUGUUCCACUGAGGAAGGGAUCGGGAAGGGUACACUGGAGCUGGAGGGAGCGCAAUGUGCUAUUUUUGCUAUUUGGGGAUUAUGCAAUCAUUAAACUUACUAUUGAUGUAGGACGAUGAUUUGUGUAUGUGAAUCACUAAUUCACUUUAAAAAGGAUACUGCUGUUCUUGAGGUCAUAUUUCUAACUCUUGCUUUGAUUUUCUCAAAUGAAAUCCAUAAAAGUAUAAAGUUUACUAAAUAAACGGUGAAAUGAACCGAAGGGAAACAACCCAACCACACCGGCCAGGUAGCCCCUCCUCCAGCGGGCACCACGCCCCACCUCUGUGACUGCGAGGCGGGCGACCUGAGCGGGGCUGAGCGCCUCACCUGGCUCACCUUACAGCCGCUCUGAAACUCAAUGCCACGGCACAAAGGCUCCGGGAAAUAAGCGCUUACUGUCAGAGACCUGAGCGUCUCUUCGGAGCCACACACUGUAUGUUGACAUGGAACCGGUGUACCGGGGUCUGGGCCGCUGUGUGUGCUGUUUCUGGCUCGCAGUAGCCUUUGACAUUGUGGGACUGCUGGUGCUCCUCAUCGGGGUGUUUGUGAACGUGUUCUUCUACGACCUGCUCAUCUACGCGGGCGCCAUCGUCAUCUUCCUCAGCCUCAUCUGGUGGGUGUUCUGGUACUCCGGGAACAUCGAGGUGCCCCCGGCGGAGCUGGAGGAUGAUGUCGGGUUACUGAAGAAGGGCAAGGGCGGUUUGAGCGGCAUCGGCGGGGCGGUGAGGCGCCUCUCCAGCCGCGUGUCCAGCGGAAUCAGGAGCUCGUUGCGUAGGAACGGAGGACCGUCCGGUGCCAGCGCGGGUCGCGGGCGCAGGUCACAGGCCGGUGGGCCGCCGGUGGCCCCGCGGGCGGAGCAGGUGGUCGUUGCCAUGGCAACGAUAGCUCCGCAGGAGGAUACCCCGCACACUGCUGUGUCCUCAGUGGCGGGCUGUGACGUCGAGAUGCCGCACACAACAACAGAGACUUCACCUACGUAGUGUGGGCCCACAGACCUCAGAUCAGAUCAGAGCCAGCCACAGUGUCUUCACUUGACCCCAUUCGAUGCUCAGCUUUUCUACUGUUUGUAUGUUUAAUGAGAAAUGAUUAAUACUUGAUGAUGAUAUCUGGAUGGAGUGUUAGCAGUUGCCUUUAUUAAAUGUGUUGUUCUAAUGUAUAUUUUCCUAAUAAAUGUUUUAAUCAGUA